AUGAACUAUGGAAAAUCAGCAGAAGUACAAAUUCUAAAUGGAAAUAUGCAGUAUCGAAGACGGCGAGACUUUCCUAUAGACAGCAAGAAGUAUUGUUACACUCUAGGCACCAAAGAGAGAAGACGGUAUCUUGUCCGUGCCACAUUUCAAUAUGGAAGUUUCGAAAAUGAAGAUGCAUUCCCCAAAUUUGAUCUCUAUUUAGAUGCAACUAAGUGGUCAACUGUAGUAGUAUUGGAUACUUCAAGAGUGUAUGUGAAGGAAAUGAUUAUUAGGGCUCCUUCAAGUUCAAUUGAUGUGUGCAUAUGCUGUGCUACAACUGGUUCUCCCUUCAUAUCCACUCUAGAAUUGCGACCUCUCAACCUUUCAAUGUAUGCAACUGAUUUUGAGGAUAGUUUCUUCUUAGAGGUAGCGGCCAGAGUAAAUUUUGGUGCUCUAAGCAAGGAUGUCAUAAGGUACCCAGAAGAUCCGUAUGACAGAAUUUGGAAUUCUGAUCUUGAGAAAAGGCAAAACUACCUUGUAGGGGUGGCCCCUGGCACAGUUAGAAUCAAUACAUCGAAGUACAUAGACACUAGGACUAGAGAAUACCCUCCUGUUAAAGUAAUGCAAACAGCUGUUGUUGGCACUGAAGGGAUACUCAGCUAUAGGUUGAACCUUGAAGAUUUCCCUGCCAAUGCUCGAGCUUAUGCAUAUUUUGCCGAGAUUGAAGACAUGGGAACGAAGGAGACUCGGAAAUUCAAAUUGCAGCAACCCUACUUUCCUGACUACAGCAACGCAGUGGUAAAUAUUGCAGAAAAUGCUAAUGGGAGCUACACACUUUAUGAACCCAGCUACAUGAAUGUGUCUCUGGAUUUUGUUCUUUCAUUCUCUUUUGUCAAGACCAGAGAUUCUACACAAGGACCACUCUUAAAUGCAAUUGAGAUUAGUAAAUACCUAAAGAUUGAACCAAAGACUGACAGCCAAGAUGUGACUGUUCUCAAUGCCCUUCGCUCUCUGUCUUCUAAAAGUGCUUGGACAAACGAACAAGGCGAUCCUUGUGUUCCUGCUCACUGGGAAUGGGUGAAUUGCACCUCAACCGCAUCACCAAGAAUCACAAAAAUUGCACUAUCAGGAAAGAACCUGGAAGGGGAGAUUCCACCUGAGAUAAAUAACUUGGAGCAAUUGACAGAGUUGUGGUUGGAUGGUAACUUCCUUACAGGGCCAAUCCCUGAUAUUAACAAUCUUGUUAAUUUGCAAAUUGUGCAUCUGGAGAACAACAAACUGAGUGGCCCGUUACCCAGGUACCUGGGCAGUUUGCCAAACUUACAAGAACUGUACAUACAGAACAACUCCUUGACUGGGGAAAUACCUUCAACACUGUUAACAGGAAAAGUUAUUAUUAAUUAUGAACAUAAUCCUGGCCUACAUAAAGAGGCAGGAAAAAAGAUGCAUUCUAAGUUGAUAGUUGGAAUGUCGAUCGGGAUACUUGCAGCUCUAUUAGUUGUUCUGAUAGGAAGUUUACUAUUCUUGCGUAAUCUUCGAAGAAAGGCAUCUCAUCAAAAAAGUGAUGCCCAAGGUAAUUCCAUGCACGCUACUACCAAACCUUCAACUGCGUAUUCUGUAGCACGGGGUUGGCAUAUGAUGGACGAAGGAGUUUCAUACUACAUUCCACUCCCCGAGCUUGAAGAAGCUACCAAAAAUUUUUCCAAGAAAAUCGGCAGAGGAAGUUUUGGGACUGUCUACUAUGGCCAAAUGAAAGAUGGAAAAGAAGUGGCAGUCAAGAUAAUGGCUGACUCAACCUCUCAUCUGACCCAGCAGUUUGUGACUGAGGUUGCACUCUUGUCAAGAAUUCAUCAUAGGAACUUGGUUCCUUUGAUUGGAUAUUGUGAAGAAGAACAUCAACGUAUUCUGGUUUAUGAAUAUAUGCACAAUGGAACUUUGCGUGAUCACAUACAUGGUUCUGAUGACCAGAAGCGCUUAGAUUGGCUUGUUCGUCUGCAGAUUGCAGAAGAUGCAGCAAAAG